AUGACGGGGGCCAACCGGGCUGUUCUCUCGAUGCGCGACUGCGACGGCUUCACGGCAUUUGUUGUGUCCGCACAGAAUGACAAUUGUCCCGUGAUGGAGUGGAUGUACCUCAAAGGCGUGAGCCUGGAAGAGCAGGAUGACUACGGCAGAACGGCCCUGCAGUGGGCAUGCUACAAGGGGAACAAGAAGACAGUCCAGUGGUUGCUCUCGCGAGGUGCCAGCAUCGUUCACCGAGACCUCGACGGCAUGACUGCACUUCACUGGGCAGCGAUGCAAGGACACACAGUGGUCGCAGAAAUGCUGAUGGAAGUCGGGGCUGUGGAGCUCUUAGACGUCCCAGAUUGUGCUGGCGAAACGCCGAUUACACUCGCAAUGAAGAAGAGGAGCAGGUACUUGGUGUUUGCCUUCCACAAGUGCCAGGUCUUUCAUUUUCUCUUUGGCAAGCCGUACCUUUUCCAGAAUUACUUCGCCGGUCUCUUCGUGUGUUUGGCUGCGUACAACAUCAUCGUUUUUGCCUUUGUCCUGGCACCAGGAAUCGCGGCUAGAAAUCCUGAAGCCGUCAUGACAUGGUCGACGCUGAUGGGGUUGUCACUGCUGCUUUGGGUUCAGUGCCUCUUCUCGGAUCCUGGCUGGCUGCAGCCGCGCACCAUACACUCCCAGAGUCACCUGCUUGGCAUCGAUCCAGCAAGGACGUUUGAUGUUGAUCACCCGAUCGAGUCGCAGAUGGCUCACUGCGACAGUGUGCUUCAGACGCUGACGACUGCCUUCGGAGAGGCCCCAGAAGUCAUGAAGCUGGAGCUGGAGCAGAACAAGUACAACUAUCAGCGGCAACUUCUCCGACAAGCGCGGAAGCGACUUGAAGAAGGCUCCGAUCCUCGAAGCCCGGCCUCGAAUGAACUGCAGCCCUUGAUCCCCCCCGGCUUCAACCACAAUACGCCCCGGCAGGCCCAGCUGGACCGGGCAACGGUAACUCUACACGAGCGUGAGCGCGCUGCAGGAGACAGCCUCGGCCGUGCUCGAGUAGAGCACCUGCUUUCGCAAGGGGGUGGCGAGUAUCUCACAUUGGUGGAGAAGGGCGAGUUUAAGCAGGUGUGCGUCAUCUGCCGCUCAGUGCGCAAAAUGCGCUCGCAUCACUGCAAGGAGCAAGGCCGAUGCGUGGACAGAAUGGACCACUACUGUCCUUGGAUAGACAACAGCGUGGGUUUGGGCAAUCAGAGGUCAUUCAGUGUGUUCGUCGUGGUACUUCUUGCCGCAGUCCUUCACUUCUACUACACAGUCUUUCUGUAUGCGUUCGACACGGUGUUCCCGGAGAUUUCCCGAGGCUCUUUCGGUGAGCUUCUACAGGCCCUGACAAGUGGGUCUCUUGGACCCGAGCUGCGACCAAUUCUGGUCCUGACGACUGCCCUCCUUGACGUGUUCCCGGUUUACUUCGUAGGCUUGCUAGUCGCCAGGACCGUGGCAUACAUGAUGGUGAACUUGACGACAUACGAAGUCCUGGUCAGACCCAGCCACGUGCAGCGGCGCUUUCCAAAAAUUCGAGGGCGCUGGUGGUUCUUUCAAGGUUGUGGAUUCAGGUCUGCCCUAUCCAACUGCAUCAGCUUCUGGACGUUAGACACCAGCGGUGAUGCGGCGGCUUUUCUGGGAAGUCCUCAAGACAGCUUCGUCGCUCCAGGGCGGAUUUCGAGGAGCAGCUUCGAGCAAGGCAAGCCUCACUUGUCCGCAGACGUCUGA